UCCUUCCUUCCAACUCCUUUCAAAACCAUAAAACCAUUCAGGAACAAACAAAUAAUUCCAACACUUUCGACAUAAUCCAUCAACAACCCGAACUUCAACCACUUUCCAUUUAAUAGAUCCCCUCUACAAAAUCUUGAAAUAAAUCAACCUUCAUUAAAUUGCGACUUCAUCCAACUUCGAUAAUCGCAAGUACAUUUGCCAACAAUACUUUCAGGCGCGUCUUCAGCCAAAGCCUGAUUCCUCUUAGAACGCAUUACAGCGCAUCAGAAAUUACAGUCAGCUAGCCUCUCUCCCAUCCAUCUCAUCUUCGAAAGCGCUUGAUCCAUCUAUACUCGGUCAACACUUUCUUGUUUUAUUUGAACCUAACGUUACGAGCCAUAUUCAGCCAAAGUCUCACUUUUAAACACAAACUUUACAAUGUCUUCUGAUAAACUCGGUCAAUCUCUUGACGAGAUUCUCGCAACUCAAAGAGCCUCAGGUGCAGGUCGAGGUGGUCGCGGUGGUCGUCGUGGUGGUCGUCCUUCAGGUGGUCGUAACGCAACCGCAGCUCCAGUUGGAGGUGUAUCGAAGAGCAAGAAGCCAGUUAAGGGUUCAGUAAAGCCUGCUCCAACCGGUCCUUCUGGUGGAAAUGCCCCAUCUCGUAUUGUGGUCAGCAACUUGGUAUGUUUGCCUUGUCUUUCCGUCUUCCUCGGGGAUCAACCUGCUAAUCAUUUUUAUCUCAGCCAUAUGAUGUGACUGAACAACAGAUUAAGGUAUGUUGCCGAUGAGGUCUUUACGGCCUUCAGGAACUUUUAUCGAUCUUUUUACACGCCUCUUCUUGAUUCGUCGGAGUGGUCGAGGCCUUUGUUUAUAUGAGGGAUCUUCCCUAAUUCCCAUCAAAAAGUAUUUCUUCAUACCUUUGCUCGCAGAUUGCUUGAUGCAUUGGUAGGAUUGAAGUUAGGCUCGUCAGAUUGCAUAAGACCAAUGAUUCUUUAGGUUGCCUGGCAAGCUCCUGAUUUCGAACUUGGCGCAGACGAAUGAUGGUGUAUUUUAUGACUGGCAUGCCAUUGCAUGGCAACAAUAAAACGGAGACUUGUCGGAGAAAAGCAUGAUUAAAGAUCAGCGAGCGCAGUGGUUGAGCAAGCACAGUACAGCACAGCACAGCACAACUAUCUUCUUUUUUUUUUCCGGACUUGAAUACCGAAAAUUUGUGCUCUAUCCAUUGCGAGACAUGCACCUCUCUUAUGUACACAAGUUACGGGUUUCACGAAGUUACUGGGUUUACCAUCCUCUGACGAGUUACAUCACAACACCUUCGGCACAUGGAGAGGCAUUGAUUGACACCACAGUCGACAUUGCUGAUUGACGAUGGUUGAUUAUUCAUCAAUCGGCCCUUUGAAUUGUUCGAUUUUCUGGUUCGCAUACUGACAACACUAACGCUGACCGCUCGCUCGCUGUUUCUUAUGAGGGUGUCGGAACGAUGAUGCUUUUGAAAACUGCGAAUAUCUUUCUUUCUUGUGGACUGUCGACUUCGAAGAGAUUUGUGCUGCGCAUCAUUUUCAAUUACUAAUACCAUGUGUUAUCAACGAUUAGGAAUACUUUCACGAGGCAAAACUACACACCAAAUCCGUUCAAUUAGUAUACGGUCCAAAUGGAGCUAGCCGUGGUGAGGCCAACAUCACUUUCCAUCGUCCAGGUGAUGCUGCUGCAGCUGUAUCAAAACUUAAUGGUGUUAAGGUUGACAAUAGAUCAUUGAGGGUAUGGUCCAUUGUUCACCAGUAUUAUACGGAAAUUUGCUCACUACGAAUAGGUCCAACUGCUUGUUGAUGCCCAGGCUGCUGCUGCUUUUGAGGAGAAGGCUGCCAAGAGACUUAUGGACCGCAUUUCGAGCACACCAAAACCACAACCAAAGUCCGCAGUUCCCAACAAGUCAAAUGGCAAGGACCAAGGAUCCAAGAGAGGUGGAAAGAGAGGUUCCCGUGGCUCUACCGCUCGCCCUGCCAAGAAGACUGCCGAAGAGCUCGAUUUGGAGAUGGCAGAUUAUUGGGAGAGUGGAAAUGCUGCAGGUGGAGAGACUGGUGGUGACAACCAAGCUGCGAAUGCUGCAGCUCAACCAGCCGCUAACGGAGAUGCAAACAUGGAUGACGAAAUCUUGGUAUGUACAAACGUAACUCACAUGAUUUUACAAGGUUGCUAAUCUAUUCUUAGUAAAAUCUUUUCUCGUCAGCCCUGUAAGAAUAUUUACGGGGGAAGAAGCAACUAUAUUGAAAAUACUUCAGCAUCCUGCUCCAACUACCUACUUUACGCUUAUGUCCAUUGUAUUACUGCUACUUCCUCACGCUUCCUUUUUGCGAUUUACUAGCUGGGGUUUCUUUUCUACAGUGGGGAUGGUUAGGGCAUAGGAGUAGAGAAAUGACAAUGAGUUUCCGUAAAUAAUGGUUUAACGAUGAGAGCGAGGGUCGCUCCUUUUGAAAUUGUAUUCGAGCACUAGUAUCACAGAAAUGGAUAUUUCUUCCCUCAU